AUGAAUAUUGUCGAGUGGGCGUUCGGCAAACGUAUGACGCCGGCGGAGCGUCUACGCAAGCACCAGAGAGCUCUCGAUAGGACGCAACGAGAACUGGACCGGGAGCGCAUCAAGCUGGAGAACCAGGAGAAGAAACUCGUGCAGGAUAUCAAGAAGAGUGCCAAGAAUGGCCAGAUUGGAGCGUGCAAGAUCCAAGCCAAGGAUCUGGUGCGGACGAGAAGGUAUAUCCAGAAGUUCUACCAAAUGCGAACGCAAUUACAAGCCAUCUCUCUCCGGAUUCAGACCGUCCGCAGCAACGAGCAGAUGAUGCAGUCCAUGAAAGGCGCCACGAUGCUUCUGGGCAGUAUGAACCGGCAGAUGAACCUCCCCGCUUUGCAACGAAUCGCCAUGGAGUUCGAGCGAGAGAAUGAUGUAAUGGACCAACGCCAAGAUAUGAUGGACGAUGCGAUUGACGAGGCAACGGGUAUGGAGGCCGACGAGGAAGAGGGCGAGGACAUUGUCAAAGAGGUUUUGGAUGAAAUCGGUGUUGAUCUCAACCAGGCGGUGCGUAUCUACCCCGGCUUGCCACUGGGUUACGGAGUACUGACAUGCUUAACACAGUUGGGAGAGACUCCUUCAGACAUACAAAAGGCUGCCGUCAGCGAAUCCCGAGUCGCGCAGCCUGUGGGUGCCGGUGCCAGCGGCGGCGGUGGUGGCGGCGGUGGAACUACAAGUGAUGAUGAUUUGCAAGCACGGCUUGACAGCCUUCGAAGAUGA